UCUUUCCGUAAGACACUAUUUUCUGUUGGUAGGCUUACAAUAGCAGCCCUAGGAGAAAAGUUAAAUGAUUACUGGAAUGAAAUGAAAGCCAAGAAAAAUGAAGAAUAUCCUCUGGAUUUGCUAGUGGAAGACAUACAAAAACGACCUGAUCAGACAUGGGUUCAGUGUGAUUUAUGUCUGAAAUGGCGAAAGCUUGCAGAUGGGAUAGAUCGCUUGCCAGAAAAAUGGUACUGUUCAUUGAACCCUGACCCACAAUUCAGGGAUUGCAAUGUACCAGAAGAACCAGAAGAUGAUGACUUAAUACAUCCUACGUAUGAGAAAACCUAUAAGAAAAGAGACAAGGAAAAAUUGAGAAAACGAAUGGAAAACAGUCAACAGAUGGCUAAUGAAAUGUAUUUAAAAACCUUUCAUGUUUCUUCAAGUAAAGAUUUUAAAACAUUGUCAUCUGUGAGUGGAAAGGAGGGUAUUCCAAGAUCUCGGUUAACAGAAUCCUCAAACACUUCUGUUACAAGAUCUCUAAACACUUCAAAUAACAGAUUUGUAUCUUCACCUCAUCCAGAUUCUGACAGCAGUCUUAAACGGAGGGCUUCUGGUUGUUUGACACCCAUAACUGCAAAGACACCACGGUUACAUAAUCAAGUAAUUGACAAUCAUGCUGAAGAUGAUGAUGAAGAUGUCAUCAUUUUAGAGGAGAAUAGUACUCCAAAGCCUGCAGUAGACUCUGAUAUAGUGAUAAUAAAAACUGAACAUAUUAGUGAGGAUCAAGGGAGCAUACCCAAAGAAAGCUGUGAUGUCAAGGAACCUUGUGGUACAGUUACUUCUGAGACUAAAUGUGGACACUGGACUGCAGCAACACAAACUGAGAUCCCAAACUUAGUUGUUAAAAAGGAAGAAGUGGAAGAUAGCCCAGGUAAUCCGCUGUCUGCAUCAGAAAUGGACAGACUUGGACCAAACCUUCAAGAAAUUGCAAAUGUUUCUGAGACCUCUUCUGCAGAUCUUGGAAUUAAAUUAAAUGAACUAAAAAAUCAGUUGCAAUUAACAAAUGAAGAAAAAGAAACUUACUGGAAACAGUGUGAAAUGUUAGCCCAACAGGUGGAAAUGCUGGAGCAGAAGAUAGUAGAAAUGAAUGAUAAGUAUGUGAAAAAGGAAAUGUGCCAUCAAUCAACUGAGACUAAUACCACAUUCCUUGAACAUUUCCAGGAACAUAGUCCAGAAGGCAUAGCUAUUCUGUACCAACAAGCCUUAAAAGAGAUAGAAAAUCUAAAGGAACAGUGCAAUACUCUGCAAAACUUAAAAACUGAAUGCAGCAAAUGUACUAAUGGUGACAGUAAAAGUGAGGUGGAUGAAAUUGCUGUGCAACUUGAUGAUGUCUUCAGACAACUAGAUAAAUGCAGUAUUGAGAGGGACCAAUACAAAAAUGAGAUUGAGCUGCUGUCAAUGGAGAAAACUCAAAUAGCCUUUCAGUGUGAGGAGCUUAAAACAGAAAUUGCACAAUUAAAAGCUUCAAUUCCACAAGCGGUAGCACAAGCAGGUGAUUCUACAACCAGUAAUGUUGAAGAUCAUGUAAAUUACUCCGAUGAAGAAAGCCUGAAACUGCGAUCCCUUCGAGUAAAUGUUGGACAUUUGUUGGCUACAAUUAUGCCUGAUCUAGAUUUAAAGGAAGUAAAUUAUGACGUUGAUGUAGUUGAUGAAAUCUUAGGACAAGUUGUGGAACAAAUGCAUGAAAUCAGCAGUACUUAGUAUUGGACUCAGUAGACAUUUGCUCAGUCUCUACUAUAUUGUACAGUAAAUACUGUAAAUAUUGUUUUCAUUUUAUGUUUGAGUAAUUUAGAUAUAUUAUGUACCACAAACCCAAUGUAAAAUGUAUAUAUUCUAUGCACUCAAAUGUUCCCACAGAGAUGGCAGGUACUUUACUGUGUAACUUUAACUUUAUUUUUAAAGGAACACUGUCAGUGUUGAGCAACCCCAGACAUACUUAAAUUUAAAUGUUUUUGUUUUAAAAUGUAAAUGUAUUUGUAAUUAAAUCUGCAGAUAUUUUUAUUACUUCUAUGGAAUCGCAGUCAUUUUGUACAAAGUUGUUCAGCUUUCUUUUGAUUUUGUACUAUCUCAUUGAUCGUUAAAUUUGUUUGUUCCUGCAAAAUGAAGACAGUGGCAUUAAAAGUACCAUCUUUGAUUUCUCCUUCAGAAUAAACAUUGUAAAUUUCAGUAUUGCCCUUGCUGAUAAUGGUUGAAAGAUAAACCCAGUGUUGUAUGUGAUCAAACCAUAACCAUUAGAUUCAUAUGUUAUCCUCUUUGAUAGCACCUUUUUGAUAGUACAGUAAGAGUCUUACCUUGACAAGUAUGAAAUACUCCUAGUUCCUGUCAAAGCCGGUGAGAUUUGCAGGUACCCAGUAGCAUUCAAAAAAAUUACAUGUAGUGCCCAACUACUUACAGACAUAGUCUUGGCAUAUGCUGUGUAAGGUUAGUUGCAUAGCAUUGCUAGUGCAUUUCAAUCCUGACCUGAAACAGGAAUUCAGUACUAGAUAGACCUGCUCCUUGAGCAAAAUUUACCAAUCAGAUUAAAUUGUGUAGUGGUUUUGUGAUGUGGACAAAUGCCUUUUACGUAUGUAUCUUAAAUUCCCCCCCCAAAAAUUAUUGUUGUAAUAUCAAAUGUUGAGUUCAUUGUGAAAGUACCAGGUUUUCUUUCAGGCUGAUGUGAAACAGUGCUGUAAUUAGAGUCUUUUGAUCUGGCUUCCCUUAAAAAUGAAAAUAAUAAAGGAGUGCUGUUUGAACCACGAUGAUCUAGAAAAUAUUCAAGAGGAAACGGUUUUUGUAAAUAGUGCCUUUAUUGGACUAACAGUGUGGCUGGGAGAGAUUUAGACAAGCUUUUGGGUACAACAUUUUUCAGGUCACCCUGAAAAGGGUGUCUUUGGGAGACCUGAAGAAGUGUGCCUUGUACCUAAACAUUUCUCACAGCCUCGUAGCUGAUCCAACAAAAUACGUGACCCACAAAAACCCUUGCCUCUCAAAAAGUAUGCUGUAUGGUUACAGUGGACUGCUACAUUAUUUUAAUGAAAUCUCUAAUCUUUAUUGGAAGCUCACUGUCGAGUUAAAGUAAACAUUUUCCUUUCCCAUUAUAUUUACAACCAGUGAGUUCAUAAAGAUUAAAAAUUGUAAAUCUGAUUUAAUUAUUUUUUCAAUUUGAAACGUUUUGUCCUGGGCAAAAAAAGAUGGAAUCAUUUUUUUUGUUUCUAGUCAGGUUCACCUGAUUUUUUGUUUCUAGUCAGGUUCUACUGCUUAAGCACAAUUGGCACAAUCUGCCAAACACUGUUCAGACUUUUUAAUGGUGCUGAGAGGAAAGAAACAUGGGUGUAAUGAUGGUGUGAUCAUUGCAUUCCCCACCACCUUGGCAGUUGAGCAGUCACCAGAAGAGACGUGGCAUAUACAACGUAUCUCCAUGAUGCUUGUCAUUUGAAUAGUGGUCUAAAUACAACCUGUUCCAAUAAAGACUUCCAAUCUUUGAAUUGAAACUUUCAAAAUAAUCAUGAAAACAUCUUUAGAACUAGGUUUUAUUAAAUGUAUUUUUAUAAAAUUAAAACCAUUGGCUUCCACAGUGUUACUGUCUCAUUUUAAAUAGGGUUGUAUUCCCAAGUUGUACUUCACCUAGUCUAAGUUAAGAGUAUUGUCUGAAAACUAACAUAUACCUGAUCUAGUAUUAUACUAAUAGGGAUAAAGCAAUACUCUUAUGCUUAUAAUGGCUAAUGCUUAAUUUGAAAAGAUGGCUGUAAUGUAAAAAUGUUCUUACAAGUUUUAAAAACUUAUAUUUUCCAUUAAUUGGUGUGCACUUUUUCAAGCUGAUGUCUUUAUUGUUAAUUUAUUACCUCUGUUCAUCAAUUGCUUCUGUAGUUGACUUUAUUAUAGAUGACUGGUAAAAUAUAACAUAUCUAUAUUGAAAAUAAGAACUUUAUACUGUACAUUAAACUUUGAAAAAAAUUAGUAAAUUGAAAUGUUUUUAUUUACUUGUUAAAGUAAAUAGAUGUAUUUUUUGUAUUAAAAAAAUCUGGUUUUCUGUGAGAUCAAAACUUGUAACUGGUCAAAUGCAAAUUUUUGCUUUAAAUAAAAGCUAUGCAU